AUGUUAUGGGCAGAGUACAACGGUGAUAUUCUCUGGCAGACGCACGCGCAUCACAGAGUACAAAUCCAGAACUACCGCCACCUGAAUUACUGGUUCACGUUGAACGAGACGGUGGACCGCUCCGUGAAGCACAUCGUCGACGCCAUGCGUGCUGGUAAUCCUACGAUGUAUAUCAACCAUGCGCUGGGGAUGGCGCAGAACGUCGUUUCCAAAGUCAUCGACGUCAAUUCGGAACACAGGAUAGGAUUAUUUGCAGCGAAGAAGAUUCCGGUUGGGAAGGAGCUCUUGCUUGACUACGGACCUAACUACUUCCGACUGGAUGACGAUGAUAGUGCAGACAACAUUCCCGAAGAUCCAGGCAAUUUGUCGAGCCCACCGUCACAUAAGUAG